GCAUCUAUAAAAAGGACGUCCCCUUGGCCUAGCUAUAAAACCCACCAUCUCCAAUCUGCAUAUUUCAAUCGAGAAAUGUCCACCAUGUUUUUGAGAUCUCUGCUAUUGCCUCUCAUCUGUGUCUUGGCCCUGGCUACAUGGUCACACGGGAUGAGCCGAGGGCAACAGCGACCUUCCUCUUUAGACGCUGCAUCCAACACACUCCAAUACCAUGGAGGCCCUCUCUUGACCAAGCCGAAUGGCAUUAACGUUUACCUCAUAUGGUAUGGAGGGUUCUCUCUGAAAGACAGAAACUCCAUAACUGAUUUCUUCGCUUCCUUCGCGAGCCCUGGUCGUCGCCAAGGACCCUCGGUUUCGACAUGGUGGAGAACGAUCAGUACAUACAAGGAUAAAACUGGGAAACCUGUUUCCGACACUGUUAGACUUGUCAAACAAGUUGGUGAUGUAUAUUCUUCGGGGAAAACCCUGAAGCGCGCCCAAUUAGCCAACUCUGUGAAAAGCAAGAUAGAGAGCAAAAUCUUUCCAUUAGACCCUAAUGGAAUUUACUUGGUUUUGACUGCUAAAGAUGUUACAGUAGAGCGGUUCUGCAUGGGAUCAUGCGGUUUCCAUGACAGCAUAUUAGUAGGGGGAUCAACUCGAGUGGUUUUCGCACACGUGGGAGACCCUACAGUCCAAUGCCCUGGUCUUUGUGCUUGGCCUUAUGCUCUGCCGGCUUAUGGUCCUCCAGGCCCAGCCUUGGUGGCACCUAAUGGAAUUGGAACCGAUGGCAUGAUCAUAAACAUCGCCACCCUACUUGCAGGGGCUACCACUAACCCCUUCAAGACCGGUUAUUUUCAAGGGGACGCGUUGGCACCAUUGGAGGCUGUGACAGCUUGUCCUGGAAUAUUUGGCGCUGGAGCUUAUCCAGGGUAUCCUGGAGCUUUGUUGGUGGAUAAAAUGAGCAAAGCUAGUUAUAAUGCAUAUGGUGCUAAUGGUAGAAAAUUUCUUCUUCCAGCCACCUGGGACCUCAUUAGGUUGAAUUGCAAAGUUAUCACUUAAAAGUUUCCUCGGAAUAAGCUCUACCCCUGAUUUGUGACAAAACUAUUAAAACUAGGCUUAAAGCCAUGUAGAACCCCGUUGAAGCUUUUAGUCCUUCUGUUUCUUCAAAUGAAUUCUCUCUGUUUUUGUCAAGUGAAAAAUCUACAUAUUUUGUACUUCCACAUAAAGAAAUGAAAUGAUUGUAAAGAAGUACGUUUGUAUCACAAAUGAAGGGAAAAGAAAGAUAAGGUUGUUCAUAA